UGAUGGCGCCCUCACGGCGAUUAGUCCUCCGCCUUCUCUGUGCAGGCCUGAGGGACCCCGGGCAGAGCCGGGCCCUUCCCCCGCCCCCGCAGCGGGGCGGAGGGAGGCGUGCAUCCGCACCGCCCCCGCCCGCCGCCCCUCCGCGCUCCAAGUGGGUGCACUGGCUGAAAGUUAAAAAAAAGCUGCAAAACACCCCAAACCCCCUCAGACCCGGCCAGAGGGGGACGGCGGCGGUGAGGCGGGAGCGAGUGUCUCGGGCAGCAGUCACCAUGAAGAGCAAUAAGGAUAAAGUGGGAAAACCCAGCAGCAAAGAGUGAAGACUUUGGACAAGCUGACCUUCCUAAUGUGCUCUGGCAGGCCUGGUAGUGCAGCAUGAUGAGGAUGAGGAGGAAGAUACUUUGGGCAUCUUGCUUCUGCUUUGCAGCUGCUUUUUUCCUUGUGCUGACACUCCAGGUUAUCACCGAACUGGGCAAUUCAGAGAAUAAGGUGUCAAUAAUCUCCAGUUUACACAGCAGCCCAUUAAAGCCUGGGGAGAGACAGGCUUUUCAGUUUAAGAAGCAGGAACUUCACAGCAGCUUCAAGACAGAGUCUGAUGUAAAUCACUAUCCUGUCCUGCUCUGGUGGUCUCCCCUGACUGGAGAGACAGGGAGAUUCAGUCAGUGUGGAGAGGAUGUUUGCUUCUUUACUACAAACAAGACCUACCAGCACAAUCAGAUGACAAGAGCAUUUCUGUUCUAUGGUACUGACUUCAGUAUAGACAGUUUACCUCUCCCUCGUAAAGAAUAUCAUGACUGGGCCCUUUUCCAUGAAGAGUCACCAAAAAACAACUACAAACUGUUCCAUGAAGCAGCCAUCACCUUAUUCAACCAUACUGCAACAUUUAGUCGCCACUCUCACCUGCCACUGACCACUCAGUAUCUUGAGGGUGUAGAGGUCCUGAAGUCAUUGAGGUUCAUGAUCCCCCUGCAGAUGAAAAACAGCCUGAGGAAAAGGCUUGCACCCCUUGUGUAUGUGCAGUCUGACUGCAACCCCCCUUCUGACAGGGACAGCUAUGUGCGUGAGCUGAUGUGCCACAUUGAAGUAGACUCUUAUGGGGAAUGUUUGCAUAAUAGAGACCUUCCCCAGCAUCUCAGAAAUCCAGCUGCCAUGGAUGAUGGAAACUUUUUAAAAAUACUGGCACAGUACAAGUUCAUUCUUGCUUUUGAAAAUGCUAUCUGUGACGAUUACAUCACUGAAAAACUCUGGCGGCCACUGAAGUUGGGAGUGGUGCCAGUGUACUUUGGGUCUCCCAGCAUUGUAGACUGGCUUCCUAGUAACAAGAGUGCAAUCCUGGUAUCCAGUUUUUCACACCCUCGGGAUCUAGCCCACUAUAUCAAAACACUGGAUACCAAUGAUGAAGAAUAUGAGUCUUACCUACAAUGGAAACUGAAAGGGGACAUUUCCAACCCAAGACUGCUUAGAACAAUGAAGGAACGCAAGUGGGGAGUGCAAGAUAUCACCCAGGACAAUUACAUUGACACCUUUGAGUGCAUGGUUUGUAACAGAGUGUGGGAAAACAUCAGACGGAAAGAAAAGGGAUGGCUACCCCAGAAGUGGGAGGCUCAGGUUAGUCAUCUGAGCUGCCCCAAACCACAGGCAUUCUGGUUCUCAUCGUCAAACCCUGGCUGGAUUUCUCUCCAAAAGAUGUGGAUACCAAGCUUUGAGCAAUCCAAGAAAGAAGCCUGGGCACUGAGGCACCUGGUGGAAAGGAACAAGAAUUUUACAGCUGAAGAAUUUUGGAUGCUUGUAUUCAAAGAAUAAACACAACGGACCUGUAAAACAGAGUGAGCGCCUCAGAGGAGUUCUGUGGAAUUUUCUUUUGCAGGUGACCUUAUAAAUUAGGAUUAGUAGCCAUGGGAAGUAGACCUGUGAGGCUGAAUUUAGUAUGUUCGGUGCUCAAGGGGCACUGAGAAAUGCUAAACAGUCAAAUCAUUCUGCACGUAAUAUAUGCACAUAUAUAUGCAUAUAUUUGUAUUUAGAAUGAUUUCUAUUAAUUGUCAUUUGUUCAAAUGUUUGAACAUUAAAGUCCUGAUUGUCAGGAUUCUCAAAGCCCAGAUUUAUGCACACACCUAAUUACCCUGAAGCAGGUGGCUCUCCCUCCAUCUUUAGAUAGAUACCUGCUUGGUCUCAAGGCCCCUUUUUCCCCAGUCCAGGACCCUCCUUUGCUCUAUUGAUAGCCACAAGGUGCAGAGCAGCUGACACCAUUGCACAGGUACAGCUUCUGUGCUGCUUUGGAGGUGGACUAAGAACUUGGGACUGUGUCCCUGGCUAGCUGUUUAUUAUCAAAUUUCCUGGCAUCAGCAGAUUUAAGCAGGGACUUGGCUGGUUUUGUGUCCUGACACUGAGUGCCAAUGUAAUGUACAUUAGUGGUUGGCAUGAGGAAGCACCAUCUGUUAGUGUCCAGGGACAGAUUGAAUGAAAACGUGUUGGCUCAGAUUUACCCACCAUCUUUUGCUAAAAAUAAGCAGAGUACAUGAGUAGCUCUACUCCCCAGAAAUAGGGUUGGCUUAGAUCUGACUUACCUUCUUGCCUUUCUGAUGAUGUAUUUGUAUUCUCAUGGUAGUAUUUGUAUCAUGUAAUCACAUGAAAUUAUAUGAUUAAAAGGGCAGAGAUAA